AUGAUGAAAGCGCGUCGAGGACAAAUAUAUCCAAGUAAAACUGUUUCCCGUUUUGGUACAUGUUGGACAUAUAAAUCUUGGUGUGUCGUUAUUUGUGUUGUUACUUUUAUAUUAGUUUUAUCUGGUUUACAUAUUGGAUGGGAUUUUCCAAUAAUAAUUAAAAAUGGUCAUAUCUAUUAUCCAAUAUUAUUUUGUUUAGCACUUUUUUAUACAAUAACAAAUUAUCUUUUUGCAGCAUUACAUGAUCCUGGUGUUAUACCACGACCAAAUGCAGAUGAAAUUCUUCUUGUCGAAAAAGAACAUAAUAUUCAAACUGAUUUAGAGGGAAAAUAUUUUCCUUCUAUGCCACCACCAACAACGAUAUUUGUAAAAAACUGUUCAUAUACAUCUCCUUAUUGUUAUACAUGUCGAGUUUAUCGUUUACCACGUGUUACACAUUGUUCAGUUUGUAAUGUUUGUAUUCAAAAUUAUGAUCAUCAUUGUCCAUGGAUUAACAAUUGUGUUGGUUUAUUGAAUCAUCGUUAUUUUUCCAAUUUCCUUCUUUCAUGUUCAUUACUUUGUAUUUUUGCAAUUGUUGGUUGUGUUUUAGCUGCUUAUUUUCGAUGGAACAGCUAUAAAGAUCAAUCUGGUCUCUUUUUUGCAUAUAAUAUUCCAAGUUUUAUUAAUGGUUUUGUUGGUAUUCUUCUUGCACUCGCACUCUUUCCAUUUUGGUGUAAUCAUUGUGGAUUAGCAAUGAAUGCAGUUACAACAAAAGAUAUGAGUCGUGGACAAGAUUUAAAAGAUAAUGAAUUUUCUACUGGUUCACUAUGUCAAAAUUUAAUUCUGUCAUGGUGUGGUCCAUUACGACCAUCAGUUGAUUGGAAUGCAUUGUAUGAUGAAGAUCAUUAUAAAAAACAAGAAGAAAUUUAUAAAAAAAUUCGUCCAACAUUAUUAAGCAAUACACUUGCAAUACCAAGACAAAAAAUAAAAGAACAUAUUCAAAGUUUAGCUCUCAAGAAUUAUUUUGCUAUAAAUCAACAAAUUGAAGCUUUUUAUCGAACAAAUAAAAAAACUUCACAACGUAACCCAUCAUUAAUUCCUGUUGAUGAUAUUCAUUAUCUUCCAAUGCAUAAUAUUGAAAUAAAUUAUAUUGAUAGUAAUCAAGUUAAUGUUCGUUAUUUAUUGAUUGAAGCUGUUCAACCAACAAAUAUUUCAACAUUUUGGAAUACAAUAUGGUUACGUAAUGUAUUAUCUAUUGUUAUGCUUUAUGAGAUAAAUGAAAAUAAUUCUUUUAUUCAAUAUUGGCCAGAUGAAAAGAAUCCGUCAAUAAAAGUUAAUAAUAAUUGUUAUCAAGUAGAUUUUAUUCGUAUUCUUAAACGAUUAGAUAUAGUAACAUCUCAAUUUAAAAUACAGAAAAUUGAUGAAAAUGAAACUCGUAUUAUUGAACAUCAUCAAAUUAAAAAUUGGACUGAAACAACAUUUUCAUUAGAUCCUAUUGCACUUCUACGUCUUCAAUAUAAUAUAGAUUACAGAGAGAAAGAAGAAAGAAUUCAUGAUAAUAAUCGAAGUAUUAUUGCUAUACAUAGUUGUGAAAUUAAUACACGAGCAUUUGCAUAUAUGAUUAUUGAUAUAAAUCGACAUUUAUUAAUAAAAUAUAAUUAUAUAAAUGUACUCAAUACAAUAACUCGACUUAAUGAACAAUUACCAAUAUGUUUAAUCAAUGAUCAUGUGUUAAUGGUUAUUUAUUGGGUAAUACUUCAUCUUUCAACAUGGACUUAUCUAUCUGAUAUAAUAACACUACAAGAUAAAGAAAAUCCUUAUCAAUCACUUUCUAUUCAUCAUAAUAUUGUUUAUUUUAUUGAUAGUUAUAUACAUUCAAAAGCAUUAAUGUUAGUUGUUGGUCGUAAUCGUAAUGGUAUAUUAAAAAUAAUAUCAACAUAUAAAAUUCAACAUUGUUUCCUAUUUCAACAAAGUAGUCAUUUAGAUGUUGAUUUUAUUGAACAACAACAAUUAGAACUUGAUACUAAUUAUCCGUCUAGUGAUUUUCGACGUUAUCAAAAUGAUCAAUCUAUGACUUUCAUUUAUCAACCAAUUAAUUCUAUUCGAAAUAUUUUAUUAUAUGAACUUUCUCGAUUAAUUGUAGAUCUUGAUCAAAAUGAUAAUAUACCAAUUUUAAUAUGCAUUGAUGAAAUUCGAGUAGGUGCUAUUAUAUAUCUUCUUGCAAAUUUAAUGGAACAAUUCAAUAUUGAUAAUACAGUUGAUAUAUAUCAUCAAGCAAGAAAAAUUGCUUAUUCUUGUCCUGCAUUCCGAACGGAAGAUGACUUUAGAGAUAUAUAUGAAUGUAUUAAAGUUUGGACAGAUCACGAUCUAAAAAGUCAAGCGAAUUGA